AUGGCAGUAACAGACGCGUAUAUCUCCGCUCUCGACCACAACAAAGAAUGGGCUGCCAAAAUCGCCCAAGAAGACCCGACCCUGUUCGCCACUCUCGCUGUCGGCCAGCAUCCCCAAAUCCUCUGGAUCGGAUGUUCUGAUUCUCGUUGUCCCGAAACCACCCUCCUUGGACUCAAACCCGGCGAUGUCUUCGUCCACCGGAAUAUCGCCAACAUCAUUCAUGUGACGGAUCUCAGUUCCUCUGCUGUGAUCGAGUAUGCUGUGCGUCAUCUCAGAGUCAAGCACGUCGUGCUGUGCGGACACACCAGUUGUGGUGGUGUCGCUGCGGCGCUGGGCAACAAGCCAUUGGGGAUUCUGGAUCCGUGGCUUCUGCCUCUAAGACAAAUCCGGUCGCAGCAUCUCAAAGAGUUGCAGGGUAUGUCGGCGGCUGAGGCGAGCUUAAAGGUCGUGGAAUUGAAUGUGCAAGAGGGGAUGAAGUUGUUGAAGCAGAAGGAUGUGGUGUUAGAGGCGAUUGAGAAACGCGGAAUGCAGGUCCAUGGGUUGAUUUAUGAUGUGGCGUGCGGGGUGCUUCGUGAGUUACAUAGUGAUGAGCCUGAAGAGGCGAUUAAGGCGAGAUUGGCGUCGUUUAAGCUGGAGGCUUAG